UGUAGCUAGCGCUUAGCUUAUUUCCCCGCAUUCUAGCGAUGAUCAAGAAGAUCGUAUACCUCAUCUAUUCCCGGUCCGGCGAAACCACCUAGGCGGCUCGGCGCAACGCAUGCCGAGCACCAUAUAGUACCUUGAACCUUGAAACUUAUCAGGACAUGAUAUCAGCAGAGUACAUCCUGCUUCGUGCAGCUCAUCCUCCAUCGAGCAAACAUGUAUUGGACUAGGCUGCUGGCAAGUAUCGCUUCGUUGACGACGCUGCAGUUGGAGGUACUAGCUGGGUCUUGUUGGCGGGACACUACAUGCAAUGGACCAACUGAAGCUGCGUUUGAAGGGCCCUGGCAAGGGAACAUCUACGCCCCAUCAUCACGUACAGUUCGACCAAGAUCAGUCAUCACUAUUCGAGACCGUCAUCCAGCAAGUUACCCUCGACUCGUGGUCCUCCGCGGGAAUGGAACGAAUGUUGUUUUCGAUUUCGGUAUAGAAGUUGGCGGUAUCGCCUCCCUCUCCUACACCAGCAAUGGAACCGGUGCUAUCGGCCUCGCAUUCUCCGAAGCAUCGACGUGGAUUGGCGAGUGGUCUGAUGCGUCGAAUGGAAAGUUUGCUGGUCGCGAUGGAGCAUUGUAUGUCAAUAUAACUAGUGCUGGUCCGGGGACGUAUACGAUGCCGGAUGAAGUGAUGCGAGGAGGGUUUCGGUACAUGACUGCUUUCCUCGUCACGAACACGGGCACCUACGUCAACAUCACGGAUGUGCAGCUUGAAAUCAGUUUCCAACCUACAUGGUCGAAUCUGAGAGCAUAUCAGGGGUAUUUCCAUUGUAACGACGAGCUGCUGAAUAGGAUAUGGUAUGCAGGCGCCUACACGCUCCAAACCAACGCCGUACCAUCCAACACCGGCCGCUGGGUUCCCAUGCUCGCCAACGGCUGGGCCAACAAUGGUACUUUGGGACCAGGAGAGACCAUCAUCGUCGAUGGCGCAAAGCGCGAUCGCGCCGUCUGGCCAGGCGACAUGGGCAUUGCCGUGCCUUCAACUUUUGUCAGCACUGGAGAUCUCGAGAGCGUGAAGAAUGCAUUGCAAGUCAUGUUUGACUACCAGAAUCCAGAUGGCUCGUUCCCGGAAGCUGGACCGCCGUUGUUGCAGCAGAAUAGCGAUACGUACCAUAUGUGGACGAUGAUCGGGACGUACAACUACAUGCUCUACACGAACGAUGCAGCCUUUGUGCAGAAGAAUUGGGCGAGGUACAAGAGAGCUAUGGAGUAUGUUUAUGCUAAAGUCGAGGUGGACGGAUCUGGUUUGUUCAAUCAGACGGGCACGAGGGACUGGGCGCGCUGGCAGACUGGCUUCAACAACACCGAAGCGAAUGUCAUUUUAUAUCAUACACUGCAGACCGGUGCGAAGCUCGCAACAUGGCUCAACGACACCGCGAUGACCAACGGCACUAGGCUGCAGGAUUUAUGGACAUUACGCGCCACGUGUCUUCAAUCAGCAAUCCUUACCCACACCUUCGACACCGCGUACGGCGCAUUUCGCGACAACGCUACACUCACCACUCUCCAUCCCCAAGACGCAAACAGCAUGGCCCUCCUCUUCGGCCUCGUCUCUCCUUCCUCCGCCCAGGCCCAGUCCAUCUCCACCGCGUUAACAAAAAACUGGACACCCAUCGGCGCCGAAACACCAGAACUUCCUGGCAACAUAUCCCCAUUCAUCUCCUCGUUUGAAAUCCAGAGCCACUUCACCGUCGGUAAUACGCAUCGUGCGCUGGAACUGAUUCGUAGGAGUUGGGGCUGGUACGCUAAUCACCCCAACGGCACGGGUGGAAGCACGGUGAUAGAAGGGUAUAGGACGAAUGGGACGUUUGGGUAUAGACAGGAGAGGGGGUACGGAUAUGAUCCGAGUUAUGUGUCGCAUGCACAUGGGUGGAGCUCGGGGCCUACGAGCGCGUUGACAGAGUUUGUCGUGGGACUGAGGGUUGUGGAACCUGCGGGGAGAGAGUGGGUUGUUGAGCCGCGGUUUGGCGAUUUGGAGGAGGCAGAAGGGGGCUUUGUGACGGGGUUGGGCAAGUUUAGGGUGGGCUGGGUGAGGAAUAAGGAUGGGGAGGGGUAUACGGUGGGGAUUGAGACGCCGGUGGGGACGAAGGGGUCGGUGAGGUUGCCGCUUGAGGGGAUGGGAAUCUAUAUGGAGGUGGUUUUGACGGUGAAUGGUGAGAUGAUAGGAAAGGAGGGGUAUACUCAAGUUGAUGGACAGUUGGUUUGGGACGUUGAUGGUGGGACGUAUGAUAUACAGGUUAGCAGAUGGUUUGAUGCAGAAUGAGGUGGCUUAUCAUCGAGUAUAGUUUACGUUGUAC